UCCAGAUGCUCAAUCAUGCAUGUCAACUCUCACCACACACACUCGUCGAGAAACCCUUGACUUGAGUAUCUUCACAAAGCUCGGUUCAACCCACGAAGAACCGUCACCUGACUCUCCAAACUCUCUUUUCGAUGAAGACAUCCCUUCAGCUGUCGGACCGCCCGUGAGCACGACCACAGUUCCCUUCAUCCCCGGGCUCGUCCUGAGUCCGACACACCUCAUUCCAGAAGCGCUGGCGAAUGAGGUCGUUCAUUUCUGUUUGGAGAGUUACUUCCAACGUGAAGAUGUGAACCAGAUCAUGCUCUUUGGCACAUCGGCAUCGGCAACUGGGUUCCCUCCGUUGCUUACAACUCUGCUUGCGACAAUGGCAUCUCUUCUCGCCCCGACACUUUCAGAGGAGACUCACCAGCUCUUGUUUCCGCACUCGCCAUCACUGACUCGUCAGGCGAUACUCAACUUGUAUCACCCUGGUGAAGGUAUCAUACCACAUGUCGAUCUGCUGAGGAGAUUCGGAGAUGGAAUCGUUGGGGCUAGCUUUGGGAGUGGAUCCGUCAUGCGAUUUGCGGCUGCUGCUGAGGGCACUGGCUACAACGACACUGUGGAGGAUGAUUCGGUGCAGCCUGUCCAUCUGUACCUCCCCGAGAGAAGUAUGCUUGUCCUCACAGGAGAGGCGAGAUAUCGCUGGACACAUGGAAUCGAACGACGGACGGCUGAUCUCGUUGAUGGAGUUCGCAGAGAACGGGGAACCAGAUUGAGCAUCACAUUUCGGUGGAUGUUGCCCAAUGCAGACGUUGUAGGAGACGCGUAGAUACGUCCUAACUCCGUACCCAUGCUCCAGGAGGUUGCAAAGAUAACCAUUCGUUCGGUCUCAGUCCGGCGUAAGCCUCGUUGCGCGGCUUACUUAUAUGCCCAAGCGUGACAUCACGCCAGAUUCACACACGUUUCUCUCUCUCCUCUUGCAUCCAUGUCGAUAAUCUACCGGCAAUACACUGGUGAAGCAGACCUCCCGCAUAUUAUGGAACUCGUCCAGUCUGAGCUCAGCGAGCCCUACGUUAUCUACACUUUCCGAUAUUUCCUACACCAAUGGCCACAUCUCUCGUUCCUUGCUUAUCCAGGUGACGCGCCGACGUCGCGCCCCAUUGGCGUGAUCGUCUGCAAGCAGAGUCUACAUCGAGACCGAGCAAAUCGGGGAUAUAUUGCGAUGCUUAGUGUGAGCAAGAAUUGGCGAAAGCGCGGCAUAGCUAGCACCCUCGUUAAGAAUUCGCUCGAUGCCAUGAAGGAGGAUGGGGUUGAGGAGAUAGUCCUCGAGACCGAGUACGACAACAGUGCGGCCCUGUCGUUGUAUGAAAGCCUGGGGUUCAUCCGAGAGAAGCGUCUUUACCGUUUCUAUCUCAACGGGAAAGACGCAUUUCGCUUGAUCCUGACAGUGCCAAGCUCGGACUCGGACCAAAGCUCCGAUUCAAGUGGGUCCUCACCGGAGACUACGUCUUCUAUGGCGAGCAUCCGUCGUGGGCUCUACCGUGCUAUCAGGGUGUCAGACCCAGAUGAGAGCGAUGACGAAGACUCGCGGUCCAGCCGUUGACGAGAGAUCAUCCUUGGCCAGAACACCUUCCUUUGAUACUGUGAUUGUAUUCUCCGGUAUACUGUAUCGUAUUAGUUUGUACUGCCUUGUGUUUUUUUUGGUACCAUGUUAUAAGUAUCAUCCCCACUCAAUUUCAGCUGUUGCAGCUUUCGUGGCCGAUGUUGAUAUUGUCAUACUGGUUACAUAAGGUAGUCCGUUGUUGACCUUACUAUCAUCUUCAGGCAUGUUCGAGGCUCCAUAUCCACCUUACAAUCCCAAGGACCGAGACGGAUUCUCUUCAGUCCCACAGUUACCAGACGGUCGUGCACCGGUGGCCAGUCAUUAUCACUGGGUUCGAGAGCUUCUGCUGUUUCGCCAGAGUUUCACCGAGUCUAUCUCCAGCGUUAUCGACCGCAUGCAUCGAUUGAGCCACGACCUUUACAUCGAGCUGAAUGCAACCGAAGACGAGGCUGUGAAAGCAGAACUGACUGCCCGCAUCGAUGAGGCUAAAUCUGUCAUUGAGAAGAUCAGCAAGCUGAAGUACGAGAUGGGGAGGGACCAUGCUCUCUCACCGAUCCCCGCAGACGGGGAACCGGCGGACGAGUACAACGUGGAACUCAAUCGAUUGGCGCAACGCUCGCAGAAUACCUGGUUCACGGCGCCGUGGCUCUUCGCAGAAUGCUAUCUGUAUCGACUCCUGAGAUCUUUCCUUCUGCAGACCAGCCAUUGGCGCUCGUUCGAUCCGUUUUUCUCACAGAAGAUCGACACAUUCAAGCAGUCCGGCAAAGCCAUUCAUCAAAUUGCCACUACAAUGCAUGAGCUGGAAGAUGAAAAGGAUCGGCUCCAGUCCGAUCCGAGCAAGUUGGCUGUUCUCUUUAAGGAAAUGAUUCAGAUGUGUUUGUGGGGAAAUGCAACUGAUCUAUCGCUUCUGACACAUCUUUCUGCGUCCGACAUCGAGCAUCUGCAAAGUGUCGGCAAGGAUGCUCAAGCGGCGAGACAAGAGUUCAUACUCCGAGACGACCAAGAAUCCGUUUGGGAGCAAGUCAAAUCCUUGCAUCAGGCUCGCGUAGACUUUGUUCUCGACAACGCUGGGUUCGAGCUUUUCACUGACCUGGUUUUCGCCGACUUUCUGGUCACCUAUACUCCCUACGUCUCUAAAGUGAUCUUCCAUCCCAAACUCAUCCCUUGGUUUGUUUCCGAUGUGACACCCCCAGACUUCUCGGAAACGAUCACGAGUCUGUUGGAUCCUGGAUUCCUUGCCAGCAUAGAGUCUUCCAAUCCAGAGCGGGUGCGGAAUCUCGUGUUACGAUGGCAGAAAUAUAUUGCCGACGGCACAUUCUCGUUGUCCGUCCCUGAGACGACUCCUUUGGGAGGCGGAGUUUCUGGUGAUAUGGCAGCAUUUUGGACUUCGCCCUGGCCUUACUGGGAUAUGGAAACGCGCGCGCCGAAUCUGUAUGCCAAACUGAAAGACAGUGGUCUGGUGAUAUUCAAGGGAGAUUUGAACUAUCGCAAACUCACGGGCGACAUCAAAUGGCCGGCUUGGACAGCCUUUUCUGACGCCGUUGGCCCUCUUGCAGGAUCUUUCCCCCUGCUCAGCUUACGGACUAACAAAGCGGAUGUUGUCGUGGGUGUCGAUCGAGAAAUUGCUGAAAAGUUAGACGCGGAAGGCAAUAAAUGGCGUGUGGAUGGGCGCUACGCCCUCAUUUCGUUUAUUCCGAAUAAGUAGAGCAGAUGGAAUAAAUACAAAUCGUGACGCAAGUACAUAUACAAAAGAUCCAGUAAAUAGAGUUUGAGACACUGUUGUUUGUGUUGUUCCAGUGUGACUUCACUCUUCUUCAG